GCCUCGACGGUUGUUGACUUCAAAAGGACAGGCAGUGCAGAUGUUUGAGCGAAGGUGUUGCAGUUUCUACUACGUACGUGGUGGAAGUUUUCAAGCUUGUCCACGUCAGCAACUUGGCAAGGGUUUGCCACGCAUAAUGAAUCAGGAUCAGGCCGAAUUAAAACUUGAGUGCCUUGAUGCAGAUGUGGUUGUCUGCGAUUCCCGAAUGAUCGACCGCGCAAGACGACGGUCCAUAUAUCUGCGCACGUGGCGAUAAGUGAUAAGGAUAGCUAGCGCGAGAGCGUUGAAGCUUGGAAGGACCGAUGUCAUCGGUGGAAGGGUCCCGAAUCGCGCGUCACAGAACCUCUCUCUCUCCGCGAUACCCCUCACGACUUCACCAGUACGAUAGGUAGACCUCUCCGCCUAUUGUAUUCGGCCUCAAAAUGACGAGCGACGAUCAGCACUUCCUGGAUGUCCUUGCAGGCAUCUCCAACGAUAUCAAAAAAUUCUCUGCAGACGUUGCCGACGCCACCGACAGGCACUUUGAGUCUGUAGCAGGUUCCAUCAAAGAGUCUCUAGCUACGACCUCAUGGCUGCCACGAUCCAUAAAACCGCCUCCUCCGCCGCGAGCACUCGCGAAACCGCCGAUGGGUUACCUCGAACGUGCCCAGGACUGGGUGUCGCGUAAUCGUGCCGUCACUGCCGCCAUUAUUGCGUUCCUUGGAACGGGGACGUUCCUCAUUUACAAUCAAAAGAAGGAAUACAUGCGGAAGCGUCGGGCAAGGCGCGCCAGCAAUGGCGCGCGGAGAGAGGUGAUCGUCAUCGCUGGACCACCGAGCUCGCCGAUCACCAAAUCCCUAUCCCUGGACCUGGAACGCCGCGGGUUCAUUGUAUAUGUGGUGGUCAACACGCCGGAAGAAGAGCAGAUUGUCCAGAGCGAGUCAAGGGUUGACAUCCGGCCCCUUCUCCUGGACAUCGCUGAUUCGUUUAAUGCACAACAAGCUAUGGAACGCUUUCACAAACUCCUUUUGAGCCCUCACCAAGCGUUCGCAGGAGCUUCGGCGCAUAACCUCAACUUUACCGGCUUGGUGCUAGUGCCCGACCUCAUCUACCCUUCGGGACCGGUGGAGACUAUUCCUCCUGAGUACUGGUCAGACGCGCUAAACGCCAAAGUGCUCAAUACAAUUGCGACGACGCAGGCGUUUCUGCCCACGAUCUGCGAGUUCAAAUCGCGCAUCCUGCUCCUGACGCCGAGCAUAGUGUCGGCGCUCAGGCCGCCGUUCCACGGCGUCGAGAGUGCGGUGGUGGGGGCGCUGGAGGGAUUCACAUCGUCCCUAAAGGGGGAGCUCAGCACGAUCGGUAUCGACGUGUGCCACAUCAAGCUCGGGACGUUUGACUGCAGCGGCGUGGGAAACAAGCAAUAUCUGCAGAGCUUGCGGGAUCGGCGGACAGACGAAUGGCCGGCGGCGGCGCGAGCGCUGUAUGCGGAGAACUAUGUUACGCAGGCGCGCAUCGCGGGCAGCAGAGGGCUCUUUGCGGACAACGGCAGCACGGCCAAGGGCAGCUCCCUGCGCGAGCUGCACAACGCGGUCUUUGACGCACUGACACGGCGGCAGGCGCAGAAGGUGUGGCGGGUUGGCAGGGGCAGCGUGGCGUACGACAUAGUGGGGAGUUGGGUGCCGGCGGGCAUGGUUCGGUGGAUGCUGGGCAUCCGAGCGGGCGGGCGCGUGACGGCGGCGGGAGCGGAGCCGCAGCUAGGAGAUAGCGUGCAGUGGGAAAAGGUCCAAGGUUGACGCGGGCAGCACUUGGUGGCCUGUAAUUUCGGGAGGGAGGUGCGGGCUGGCGCGCUCCGCUCUCUUGGCGUGUAAUUCAGCAUAGCUGCAGCUAUUUCCAGCACCCGCUCAUCUCGGCUUGCCCCUACCGAUGGGGUUCGUAAGGCUGUAGAGGGAGUGUGUGGGAAGGACAGGGCAUCCAGGCCCCAGCCUCAUCAAGCCAAUCCUGAAUCCAGCUGCACCCCAGG